AUGGCGGCACUUAGAGAUGAAGACAUUGAAAAAGAGCUGGAAAUGAUGUUUGGACUCCCGGAAGAUCCUGAUGAUUCCGAAGAUGGAUAUGAAGCGGACGAUCCAGAUACUAAUUUGAAUUUAACUCGUGUCUUUGAGGAUGAAGACUUAUUUGAACAUCAAGGAAGCAGUGCAUCAGGACCGGGCUUAGUUCCAAGCCCAAUUCCCGGUACAUCUUUGGACGAGAAUUGGGAAAAUGUCAGUCCAAAUAUUGAACGAUUUGAACGCCAGUCUCAAGACAGUCCCAUUCGCGCGGCCCGAUACGUCGUCGUCGUGUUCUCUCUUCAGAAUCCUCGUCGUCCUCGGAAAACGAAUCACAGAGUGAAACCUCAGCAGAUGAUGGUAACGACGACGAAUGGAAAAAAGUCAUGUGGUCAGCUGAGAGUAGACCUAAAGCUGAAGACUACGAUCGGAUACCACUGA